CCGAGCAUCCACGGCCAUCUUUAAUUUUAACUCAUUCAUGAAAAGUUGUUUGGCUCAUGUAAACACGCCGAGCGACCCGUUUGCGCACGAAGCGGCUUCGACGGCGCUGUGUGCAUGUGCUUUCCAGCGACGAGCUCCAAGCAGAGCAGAGCAGAGCAGCACCGCAGCAGGCUGUCCGCCGAGAUUAAGUAAACACCGAAAGCGAUGAGAAAGAAGCAGACUGCAAAGCAAAGGAAGACUGAGGAGACUACAGUUGUCCAGGAGUUUGUGGUGGAAAAAAUCAUCCGCCGCAGGAUCUUUAACGGAAGAGUGGAGUACUUCCUGAAGUGGAAAGGCUUCACUGAUGCAGACAACACAUGGGAACCUGAGGACAAUCUGGACUGUCCUGAGCUCAUCGAAGAGUUCCUCAGAAACACCCACUUCUCAGGGGAGAUUGAGGAAGAGCAUGCUGAACAAGAGUUCAUCCCUAAAGAAGAAAUGACGGAGCAAGAGACGGAAAUUUCCUGUAUGCAGUCUCAGCAGCUGGCUCGCACCGUGCAGAGCAACAGCGACGUCCGCGAGCCAGAUGAGCAGUCAGACACCCCCGCUAACCUCAGCACAUACCUCGAGCCUGAAUGCAUCAUCGGCUCCACAGACAGACAGGGAGAGCUCAUGUUCCUCGUCAAAUGGAAGAACUCAGACGAUGUGGCCCUGCUGCCGGCCCGCGAAGCCAGCGCCAGGUGUCCCCAGAUGGUCAUCGACUUCUACGAGCAGAAGCUGACGUGGCACUGCGGAGAUGAGGAGCAGUGAGGUGGCUUGUGUACAGAGGCGAACUGAUAAACAGCUGUGCUCUCGCCUGAAGCUUAGUUUAACCUCCAUCGAGUGUCCUCCUUCAGCUGACAUUAGAGGCGCACUGUGUGUGAAAUUGCGUCCCGCUGCCGGUGGAGUCUCAGAUUGUGGCAGGUGCGAUGGCCUCGGCGGGGAUUGAAGUGCUCUCGGUCCCGUGGUGCUCAACGAGGUCUCCGUGCCUUUGUGGAGCCUGCGAUGGAGACUGAAACUAACCUUUGUGUGUAGCAGCUGACUUGAGGUCAGACUAACCUGUAGCAGCUUUGGUCUUGUGUAAGCAGACUCAAUCACUGUGGACAUGUGUUUUGUUUUUAUGGUUAUAUAGUAAUUUAGUAUGUAUAGUCCUGUUUAGCAGCAACAAUCUUGGUUGUUCAGUGUGUGCUCAACACUAUGUAGGCAGGUUGAACUAACUGCUGUCCAGUCCGUACCUCCAGUCCAUGUAGCUUUUAGCUGGAGCUGAAUAUUGUACACCUGUUGUUUGAGCAUUUUGUAUUUUGUGACAUGUUUAUAGCCACAACUUUACUGUGUCUUACUGUGUCUCUGUGUGACCCAUGUGGUUGAUAUGAAAUAUUUGAAAAUGUCUCCUCCCAGAAAUUUCCCCAUGUUUCCAAUCAGCUGCUAAGUACCAAAUGUUCUCUUCCCUGCAUUGAAUUACAACAAGAACAUUUGUGAGUUUUUAAAACAUUAUUUGGUGCUUAUUCAAAGUGAAGUCCUGGCAGACUCAAAAGGUCAUAGUUUUUCUAAGUUAAAUGUAAUGAGAUGUCCACUCAUUGAAAAUGACUUGUGGACCUGUGAUGGCUGAUAAGAUUAUUAAAUGUAGCACUUUAGAUAAGAGACUGUCCAAUUAUGCCAGGCAUUGUCUUCCAACAAUUACACAGGUCCAUGUACAUCACCUGUAUCUUGAUGGCACUGCCCUGACUCAACAUAUCUCCCAUGACUGUUAUGGGACACUUAAACCUCCUCUUGAACCUGAAACCUCCUAAAACACACCUGCUACUGAAUUACUGUAACUGUUGACCAUGGAUCUGUGAAGUCUCUGUGAAUAA